GGCUGGGCCUUUUGAAUGCAUGCAGUUCAAGAAAGUGCCCAAGCAGAUUUAUUAUUAGAAAAGAAUCCCAUUUGGAAUCCAGAUAGGUGGCCCAUCUCUGUACCUCCCUGAGAAGUCUGGCUUUUUCAGUACUACAUGAAAGGACGAAUCUGAAAACAAUUUUAAAAUCACACAAUUAUAAGAAGUACUGCACUUCAAAUAUGUGAAACAGAAUAUAAUGCAAACUUUAAAAAAAUGUUCCAGUAAACUAGUCUGUGGGACGGAGUGAUGGGAGAGUGAUGUUUUAUUAAGAAACAGCAGCACGCUCAGCCCUUCCUGCUAAGACCAGGUGACUUCUGAAAUAUGGCUGACAACAACACUUCCUCCUGCAGUCCUAUAUUGACACCUCAUUUAACCAGCCUCUACUCCAUAGUGCUCAUUGGAGGACUGGUGGGAGUCAUCUCUAUUUUGUUCCUGCUGGUGAAAAUGAACACGCGGUCUGUGACUACUACAGCAGUCGUUAACCUGGUGGUGGUCCACACUGUUUUUCUGGUGACAGUGCCUUUUCGCUUGACGUAUCUCAUCAGGCACAUCUGGACGUUUGGGUUGCCCUUCUGCAAAUUUGUGAGCGCCAUGCUACACAUCCACAUGUACCUCACAUUCCUGUUCUACGUGGUGAUCCUGGUCAUCAGGUACCUCAUCUUCUUCAAGCGCAAGGACAAAGUGGAAUUCUACAGAAAACUGCACGCUGUGGCUGCCAGUACUGGCAUGUGGCUGCUGGUGAUUGUCAUUGUGGUACCCCUCGUUGUUUCUCAGUAUGGAAAUAAUGAGAUGUAUGAUGAGAAACACUGUUUUAGAUUCCACAAAGAACUUGCUCGUGUGCAUGUGCAAGUUAUCAACUAUAUGAUCGUCACUAUUGUCAUAGCCAUCGCAGUGAUUCUCUUGGUCUUCCAGAUCUUCAUCAUUAUGUCAAUGGUGCGGAAGCUACGCCACUCCUUACUGUCCCACCAGGAGUUCUGGGCCCAGCUGAAAAACCUUUUUUUUAUAGGAGUCAUCCUUGUUUGCUUCCUUCCCUACCAGUUCUUUAGGAUCUAUUACUUGUACACGGUGGCACAGUCAAGUGACUGUAAUAACACGGUUGCAUUUUAUAAUGAAAUCUUCUUGAGUGUAACAGCAAUUAGCUGCUUUGAUUUGCUGCUCUUUGUUCUUGGGGGAAGCCAUUGCAGGCAAAAGAUAAUUGACCUAUGGAAUUGCCUUUUGUGCCGCUAGCCACAAACUACGGUAUUCAGAAUUCCUUUAUAUUGAAAGUAAAAAUGGGCACAGAGAGGCAGCAAGUGUUAUUUAAUUACUUGAUUAAAACCAUGUCUUGAUGCAGCCAAACAAAAAGAGUAUAAGAUGUCAGAGCAUUCAUUCCAGUUCUUAUUUAAUCCCUGUCGUCUCUAAAUGAUAUAUAUAGAAAGACUAGUGAUGUUCAGUCUACUCGGACCUGCACUAUAGCAUUAUUUUCUAGUAUAAAAUGUCUACUUAGCCCAUGUAGGCACCAUAGGUUUAAUGGUUUCUGAGUUUCACCAGCUUAUUUUGGUUUCGUCAGUUUGAAACAUGGUCUUUUUCAGGCUUUGGACAGGAUUCAGCCCUCUGGUUAUUUUCAUUCCACUUAACCUUAGGUAAAUUAAUCCUGGCAAUGAAUCAGCCCCAAAAACACAAAUUCUACUUGGCUAACCAGAUAAGAUGUCCGUUCAAUUUCCACCCUGACAAAUAACAGAUAAGGGGAGAGAACAGUAAGACAGUAAGACACUUUUCUAGAUUAUUGAUGGGAAGUCACUUAUCUGGCAAUCAAGAGAAACACAACUCCUUGAAGCCUUCUGCUAUAACAAGGCUAUCUAGAUUGUGUCUUGAAAAGUCAAGUUUAAGAACAUGGGACCAACAUCCUCAAUAAAUCCAAAAGUCAUUCAGAAGCUUACUAAACAUAUAUAAAUGAGGGUGAAACUAUAAGUUAAAUAAUAUUCCUCACCAAUAUGCUGGUGAGCAUUAAAAUGAGUUCCCUUAAAUUUUUUCCCUUUCUGUUUUUUGAAAAAAACUCUAGGUAUCUUGGGCCACAGGUAAUUUAGAUUUCCCUUGGAAACAGAAAGUUAUACCUUUUAAAGUGCCCGUCUACCCUUAAAGUUACAAGGCUUUAAAUGAAAACAAUAUUCUUAAAAAAGAACUUUUGAGAAAUAUAAAGAAAAAUUAAUUUAGGUGGCAACUGGGUGGCUCAGAAGGUUAGGUCAGACACUUGUCUGACUCCUUGACUUUGGCUCAGGUCACAACCUCAUGGUUCCUGAGUUCCAGCCCUACAUCAGACUAUGCUCACAGCAUGGAACUUACUUGGGAUCUCUUCUCUCUCUCUGCCCCUCUCCAGCUUAUGCUCUCUCAAAAUAAACUUUAAAAAAAGGAAAAAUUAAUUUAGACUAUGAGAUUAGGCUGCUAAGUUGAUACAUAGGUUUGUGGGGGUUUUUUCCCUUCUUGCUCAUAUUUCUGCUAUUUCCCUCAAAGUUUCAUAAUUUUGAAACUUUCCAAGGAACUGAUCCAGUUUAAUUUCUAAUGCUUCAGAAAACCUAAAGUGAUUUAUGUUAGGAAUAGAAGAAUAGAAUGAAUUAAGGUGAAUUUUUUUCCCAGCAAAAUCAAUGUUCAGAAUUUAAAGAUUUCUCUUAAUUUGUUAUACUCUAUGGAUCCACAAAUUUAUCAGAUGAAUAAGAAAUAUCUCUGUGAGUUUCUAUGAUCACUAAAAUUACUGUCAUAAAAAAUAAUUUCGAGGAAGACAAAGCAACAACAUGCUGUAUAGAUGACUUGUUACCAAAAUAUUCCUGUUUUAAAAUUUCUUUUAUCUGUCCUUUUUUAAAAGUUAUAUUUCCUUUAUUUCUUAUUUGCCUUCUUUUACCAUUUUUCUUAGGUUUUUUCCCUUCACAUUUUGACUCAUAACAGUUGUAAGAAAAUUUCUAAGAUCCAUAAAAGUUUUAAGAAUAUCUGUUACACCCAU